ACAUCUCUAAUUGUGAAACAGACACGAACCAAAAUUAAAGCGAUCGAAUAGCGAUUAACCUAAUCAAAAUUAAGCGUUAAAACAAUACAAUUUUCCACAAUAAUUAAGAAACUUGAACAGUGCACAGGCACUCUAUGUUUAUUUUCUACCGAAAAACCGUUGGAUAAAACGUGCAGAAGAAAUUUCUUUGUGCUUUGAGCAGUGCAUCUGUGUGUGUGUUGCUGUCUGUGUGCGUACGUGCGAUUCAUUCAUUUCCAUUACGUGUGUGUGCUGGUGCUGGUCAAAAGAUUUUGGACGGGGUAAAAGUUAACCAAAUAAAUAGUCAGUCGCAGCAACAGCUAGCCAAUAAUGACUUGUACAAUUUUGUUGUUGUCAAAAUAGAUGCCAGCAAUGUAGAGUUGCUGUUGGCCCCUAUGAAGGGGGGCCUCAGCCAAGUGCCAUGAAAUAGCAAACGAAAACAUUGAAAACAAAAAUAAAAAUAAUAAAACAGAAGAAAAAACAUAUACUAAAUAAUAAUAAUUUGCGCCGCAAAUUGGAAAAGAAAUUCGCAGCACAGUUUACGUUUACGUCUUCGAGAGUAAGAAGAAGACACAAGAGAGCAACAAAUACGUCAAGCACCAACACAAAGACAAUUCGAUCGGUAUUGGUAAAUACGUAUGAAAAGUAUUUCCGACUAAUUUUUGGCGUUAUCAACACCUCCACCGCCACCCACCACAAGCACACAAUUUAGCGCUCAGUCCGUCAGAAACAACGACACGCAGAACGGCCGAUACAAAAACAACACCAAAAAGAAAAGAAAAAGCUCACCGAACACUCUACCAACGAUUUGAUACGUAGAAUUAUGAACGUUGAGAACCAAUUGAAAACACCGCUAACGCAGAUACGUAAUUUGGUCAAACACGUGAACAAACGAAAUUUUAAUGAGAACAGCGAGCAAAUAAAGCAGCUCAUCCAAGAUUACGGCGUCGACGCGGAUCGCAGCUGCUUGCGCUAUCUGUUCACGGUACUCAACUUGAACGAUCCGACACCGAACGUCAACGCGCAGCUGCAGGCGAAGCUCCUGGGCGCCCACUUGCAGCGCCAAUUGCAGUGCUCCUCGUUUGUGACCAACAUAUGCAUUGCCUUCGAUCAGCACUUUGCCAAACAAAAGAGUCUGAAGCCCAUUGGUCUUGCCGAGCUCAUUGGACAGGUAGCCAAGCAUACCGGCAUUAACAAACUUUGCGAGUGCAUCUUUGCGCUAGCGGUGACCCACAGUUCUCAUCCCGAACUCCGACAGAGCGCGAGGGAUAGUCUCCGAAACUCCUUGCCCGAGCUGCUCAAUUCGUAUUUGGGCCAAAACGCUGCCACAGCAGCUGCUGCGAGCGGCUUACACGAUAUCUCCUUUGAUUUACUGCAGUAUUUGCUGUGCUGUUUGGGCGAGUACGUAACGCCACAGCUGGAAAAGCAGUUCUUGGACAAGUUACGCGAGGAGUUUCCACGAGAGUUGGUGCCAUUGGUUCUAGCGCCGUUAUUAUAUCGGGGCGCAACGACGACAACGGCAGCCAAAUCCAGCGAAACUGAUGCAGAGGAGGAAACGACGAAUUCGAACACCAGCAGCUGGAGCAGCUCAAAUGCAGAUAAUCUGAAUGAAGUUGGCAUUGAGGAUAUCUAUGACCAUUUAUGCGAGAUAAUAUUUACAAAUCAGGGCAAAAAUAAUAUUAUGGACACAUCUUGGAUUAAUUUAAUCCUUGAAAUCGGUUAUGAAUUUACAUCGAGCAUUGAAGAGUGCAAGAAUCAGUUGUGUUGCGGCAGCGGCUCCCGUGAAUUGCAGCCAAAAGAUGUUGCCAAAAUCGUUGGACUCAUGUGCCGGCGCCACUCGUCGCUGCUUGAUUGCAAUGUAAAUCUACCGACACCAGCCAAUUUCUGGCCGGGCCAGGGGCAGCAGGCUGGUGCAGGUGGCAGCAGCAGCUCCUCCGCUUCCCAGUCGGCGCAACAGAACACCAGCAAUAACAAUAACGAUGGCAACAGCGAAUCCAGCAGCGUUGCCAGCGAGAAGAAGGACAAAAAGGAAACGACGGAUGCGACACAAACAUGGAAGCCAGACGUGUUCGUCCAGGCGGUCAAGGAGCUGGUGCCACAGCUCAACUGGAAGGAUGUCUGCAUGGAACUCGAUCAUCCAGAGUUUGUGCUGAAGGAUCGCAUCGGUUUAGAUCUUCUGCUGACUAUCCUGAGAUUGGCCACACAGUCAAAUCUGUUUCCGCAACCGGAAUGCAUUUACCGCCACUGGGCGAACACGGAGGGUCAAUUGUCGCUGAUAACAACCAUGCUGAAGAAUCCCGAUCUUUUCUCAUUUGCCGACUAUGUCUUCAGUCAGCCGGGGCUGGAUGUGCUGAAAACUCCGCCCGAUGCUGAGAAUAAGGAGAUCGCUGCCUGGAAGUCCCUACAUCUGGUUGAGGUGCUUCUAUCGAUAGCGGACAAGGGCUACUUUAGUCAGGUGCACGAACUCUUCAAGUUCCCGGCGCAAAACUGUCCGGAUGUACUGUUUCUGGCUCUGUUGCAAAUAAAUCCGCCGUUAACGCCACUGCGCCAGGAUCUGUUCAAUCAGCUCGUGCCCACGUUCCUGGGCAAUCAUCCCAAUUCGAAUGUGAUUCUGGCCAGCGGCUGGAGCUCCACCAACUUCCAAUUGCGGCCGACCAUAAUGAACGCCAUGUCCGAAUGGUAUUUGCGUGGCAGCGAAUUCGAUCAGGUGAAGCUCUCACGAAUCCUGGACUUGGCCCAAGAUUUGAAAGCGCUCUCCUCGCUGCUCAAUGCGCGCUCCUUUCUGUUCAUCAUCGAUCUGGCCUGUUUGGCCUCGCGACGCGAAUACUUGAAGCUGGAGAAGUGGCUGAGCGAUAAGAUACGCGACCAUGGCGAGCCCUUCAUGCAGGCCAUGAUCAAGGUGCUGCAGCGCCGCUGUCCGCAGGUGACCAACGCCAAGCUACCCGAGGAUCAGCUGCCGCCCAAGCAGGCACAGCUUCUGCCCGAGACCGUGACCACAAUGAUCAGUUGCCUGCAGGCGUGCAUCAACAACUGCAUGCAGCCCGAAAUUGUCGAAAUGAUUAUGCAAAUGGCCGCCAAUGUAACUAUCAUGGCAAACAAGGCGCGCGCUGCCCAGCAACAGCAGCAGCAGCAACAACAACAGCAGCAGGCAGGUGGUCCGCAGGGACUUGUGCCACCACCGCCGAGCAUUUUGCGUAGUCAUCGAGGCAUGGAUUUGCCGGGGCCGGGCAUUGUGCCCGGCUCGGUGCCACCGCCGCCGCAACCGCAGCAACCUUUCUCAGGCAACCUGAACGCACAGCAAAUGUUUGGACCGGGCGGCAUGGAUCCGCUGACCAACAUGUCUAACAAUCUAGCUGGCCUCAAUCUGGGCGGCCCCAAUGGCGCCUUCAACUUUGGCAACAUGCUGAACAACUUGGUUUCUACUCCAGCAUCUCCGUCGCGUUUAAUGAAUCCCGGCGCCAACCCCUAUCCGCCCAUUCCAAUACAAAUCCCAGCGCCACCGCCACCGAAUGUGGGCAAUCUCGGCCGUAUGCUGCCAGCUGGGCCGCAGCCGACGCCAACACCGCCAAAUCCGAACAAUCCGGUGAUGACCGAUCUACAGAUGCCCGUUUCCAAGGAGGUGGAGGAUGAGGCGAACUCAUACUUUCAGCGCAUCUACAAUCACCAACCGAAUCCGACGCUCUCGAUCGAUGAGGUUCUCGACAUACUGCAACGCUUUAAGGAGUCGACCAAUCGCCGCGAACAGGAGGUAUUCCUGUGCAUGCUGCGCAAUCUGUUCGAGGAGUAUCGCUUCUUCGCCCACUAUCCCGAGAAGGAGCUGCAAAUAACCGCACAACUCUUUGGCGGCAUCAUCGAUCGCAAUCUCGUGCCGACCUUUGUUGCAUUGGGAUUGUCACUGCGCUGCGUGCUGGAUGCACUGCGCAAACCGGAGGGCUCCAAGCUCUACUAUUUCGGUGUGACAGCCCUGGAUCGGUUCAAGACCCGUCUGCACACCUACAACAAAUACUGCGAGCACAUUCGCUCCAUACCGCACUUUACCGAAUUUCCGCAGCAUCUGAUCCAAUACGUGGAGUUCGGCAUGCAUGGACAGGAGCCGCCGCCACAGAAACUAAUUGGGCUGAGCAACACCAUACCCUCAUCGGUAAUCGCCCAGGGCGGAGCGGAACCGCUCUACCGUCCCAAUUCAAUGCCUGGCAACAUGGCUGCAGCACAGAAUGUGCAGAAGCCGCCGGUUGCAGUGUCGCAUGCUACGCGUAUGAAAUCGAUUGCGAAUGCGACCAAUAUUGAUACGUUGCUGGUGGCCAAUCAGGAGGAGAAGGUCACAGUGCCGCCGGAACCCGUGCAGGACAAGACCGCUUUCAUAUUCAACAAUCUCAGCCAGCUGAAUAUACCACAGAAAUGCGAGGAGAUCAAGGAGAUCAUGACCAAAGAGUAUUGGCCCUGGCUGGCGCAGUAUUUAGUACUCAAGCGCGCCUCCAUGGAGUUUAAUUUUCAUACGCUCUACUACAACUUUCUCGACGCACUCAAGAACAUCGAGAUCAAUCGAUAUGUGACCAAGGAGACGUUGCGCAAUAUUAAAGUACUGCUGCGCUCCGACAAGGGCGUCAUCAAUUUCUCGGAUCGCAGUUUGCUCAAGAAUCUCGGCCAUUGGCUGGGCAUGAUGACCCUGGGUCGCAAUCGACCCAUUCUACAGAUGGACCUGGACCUCAAAUCACUGCUGGCCGAGGCCUAUCACAAGGGUCAGCAGGAACUGUUGUUUGUGGUGCCAUUUGUGGCCAAAAUUCUGGAGUCAUCGGCCAAAUCGCGCGUCUUCAAAUCCCCAAACCCCUGGACAAUGUCUAUUAUGUUUGUGCUGGGUGAACUGCAUCAGGAGCCGGAUCUCAAGCUCAACCUCAAAUUCGAAAUUGAAGUGCUGUGCAAAACGCUCAAUCUGGAGCUAGAGAAGCUCCGACCGGUCAUUUAUCUGAAGUGUCCGACGCGUGCUCUGCUCAUCGAGCAGCAAAUGUCGCAACCAAAGCCCAAGGCGACGGAGCCACCACCCCAACAGCAGCAGCAGCAGCAACAACAUCAGCAACAACAACAGCAGCAGCAGCAACAACAGCAGCAACAGCAACAACAGCAGCAGCAGCAACAACAAGUACAACAACAGCAACAAGUACAACAACAACAGCAGCAACAACAACAACAGCAGCAACAGGCACCACCGCCGCCACCAUCCGCUGAGGUGGAUCCACAGGCCAUAAUGAUGAACAACAAUGCGAAUGCGCCCGGUGGUUCCGUCUCCUCGCCCAAUUUGCCAACCGAUCCCAGCCAGGUGGUUUUGCCACCGCCCGAGCCACGUUACUCCUACGUCGAGGUGAAUGUGAACAAUUUCCAAUUGAUCGCCCAGCAGCUGGUACUGCCAGCCAAUAUACCGUUCCUGCACGCCAAUCCGGGCAUCAAGCACAUCGUCGUGAAUGCCAUCGAGCGCACAAUCACCGAUUGGCUGCAGCCGGUUGUGGAUCGCAGUAUACGCAUUGCGUGCGCCACCACCGAGCAGAUAAUACGCAAAGAUUUCGCCCUGGAUGCGGAUGAGAAUCGCAUGCGCACCGCCGCCCAUCAAAUGGUGCGUAAUCUGGCAGCUGGCAUGGCCAUGAUCACCGGCAAGGAUGAGAUUGCGCGCGCAAUCAGUCAGAAUCUGCACAAAGCAUUCAUGGCCGCGCUGACUGGUGUGCCAAGCAUGUCCGAGAUACAGGCCGCCUCCAUACAACUGGCCAAUGAGAAUGUGGAGCUCGUCUGCGCCUUCAUCCAGAAGACAUCCGCCGAGAAGUCGGCGCUCGAAAUCGAUCGUCGGCUAUCGACAGAUUUUGAGACGAGAAAAAUUGCACGGGAGGAGGGCAGCCGUUUUGUGGAUGCCCAAAUCCUGAGCUAUCAGCAGGAGCGUCUGCCUGAGCCAGUGCGUCUCAAGGUGGGCCCAGUGCCGCCCACACUGUACGCCGUCUAUUCAGAGUUUGCGCGCAGCAUUCCCGGCUUCCAGCAGAUGAGCGAUCGCGAUAUUGCACUGUUUGUGCCUAAGCCACAGGAUAUCCAGGUGCCGAAUGUGUUUGCCAACGAUGACAGCGCCAUGGUCUAUGCCGAGGUUGCCAACAAAAUGGAGGCGUUCAUGAAUACCGCCAUCAAUGUGCCGACACUGCAGCUGCAGGCCAACAAGAUGCACGUGCUCCUCAAUGCACUGAUGGCCACACGACGUCUACGCGAUCAGGAAUCGGCAUUUAUAAUGCUAACACGGGCCGUUGAGGGCCUAACCGAGGGCCUCAUCAACGUCCAGGAUCACAUGGAACAGAUGAAACUCUAUCGUGACAUUCACUUGCGCAUCCUCAGCCUGUUGCACAACAGCUUCGGUGCACCGAACACGGAGCGUGCGGUGACCAAAUGCUUCUUCGAAUUGCGCGAAGAGGUGCGCUACAAUGUGGAAGCGGCACGCGCCUUGAUCACAUCGCACUUUGUCAAUCUCAAUCAGUUCGAUGGCAUGCUGCGCGACUGCAUGGACAAUGGCAACAACUAUGUGGCCAUCUCGUUUGGCAUUGCGCUGCUCGAGCGUCUCAUCAUGGAGGAUCGGGCGAUUAACAUUGUCUCCGACAAUGAGUUUAUGGCCACCGUUGAGCUGCUCGGCCGGCUCACACAGCAUCGUCAGCGGUAUCCCGAGUGCAUUGUCAAUGCAAUUGAGACUCUGUGGUCGGGCAAUCUGAACACCAGCGAUUAUGGCUCAUUCAAUCCGGGCGAGCGAUAUCUGGCGGGCGCAUCCCACUACAUUCACUCCGGCAUGCAUCAUGUGAGGUCAUGCGACACGGAUGAUCCGCCUGGUCUGCAAGAGAAGACAGAAUUCCUGCUGAAGGACUGGGUCGCACUCUACACACAGCAGAAUCAGCAGACGACACGCGAUGCCCGUAAUUUCGGUACCUUUGUGCAAAAGAUGAACACCUACGGCAUACUGAAGACGGACGAUUUGAUUACACGCUUCUUCCGGCAGGCGACGCACAUCUGCACGGAUGUCGUCUAUCGCAUGUUUGCCGAGCUGAGCAUGCCAAUUAAUCAGGUGAAGAACAAGAUAUUCCAAUGGAUUGAUGCGUUUGUGCAUUUGAUUGCGAUGCUGGUGCGGCAUUCGGGCGAAGGUGGCAAUCCUACGACCAAGAUUAAUCUGCUCAACAAGGUGCUGGGCAUUGUGCUGGGCACGCUGCUCAAGGAUCACGAGUUACGUGGCGUUGCCUUCCAGCAGGUGGGCUAUCAUCGCUUCUUCAUGAUGCUCUUCAUGGAGCUGUGCUCCGCUGACGGUCUGCCCGAGCCGCUGAUGCACAGCAUCGUGUCGGCGUUUGCCUACACAUAUCAUCUGCUCAGUCCGACUGUGGCGCCCGGUUUCUGUUUCGCCUGGCUGGAGUUAAUCUCCCAUCGCGUCUUCCUUGGCCGCAUUCUGGUGCUGAUACCCGGCCAGAAGGGCUGGCCCCUCUACGCCCAGCUGUUGCAGGAUCUCUUCAAAUAUCUCGCACCAUUCUUGCGCAACACCGAACUGGGCAAGCCCGUCCAGCUGCUCUACAAGGGCACGCUGCGCGUACUCCUCGUCCUGCUGCACGAUUUUCCCGAAUUCCUGUGCGACUAUCAUUUCGGUUUCUGUGACACCAUACCGCCCAAUUGCGUCCAGAUGCGCAACAUUAUACUGUCAGCGUUUCCGCGUAAUAUGCGCCUGCCCGAUCCGUUUACGCCCAAUCUGAAGGUGGACAUGCUCUCCGAUAGCAGCAAUGCGCCCAAGGUGUGCAGCAGCUACAUCAUGAACAUCCAGCCGCCCAACUUCAAAAAGGAUCUCGACUCGUACUUGAAGGCCCGCGCCCCCGUCACAUUCCUGUCGGAGCUGCGCGGCCAUCUACAAGUGACCAGUGAGCCGGGCACACGCUACAAUAUGACCCUCAUGAACGCCCUGGUCAUGUACGUGGGCACCCAGGCCAUAGCCCUGAUCAGAAACAAGAACUUUGUGCCGAACACAUCGAACAUUGCGCACAGCGCUCACAUGGAUAUAUUCCAGAACUUGGCCGUGGAUCUGGACACCGAGGGUCGCUAUCUGUUCCUCAAUGCCAUUGCCAAUCAGUUGCGCUAUCCGAACAGUCACACGCACUACUUCAGCUGUGCGGUGCUCCAUCUGUUUGCCGAGGCCAAUUCGGAGGCUAUCCAAGAACAAAUCACACGUGUGCUGCUCGAGCGCCUGAUCGUGAAUCGCCCGCAUCCAUGGGGCCUCCUCAUCACAUUCAUUGAGCUGAUCAAGAAUCCCAUUUACAAGUUCUGGGAUCAUGAUUUCGUUCAUUGUGCACCAGAGAUUACCAAGCUCUUUGAAUCCGUCGCACGCUCCUGCCUGGCCAAGUCAAAUGUCACCCAACCGCUGAACAUGGCCGUCGAUGGAACCGAUAGCCAGGAGGUCAACAUCAACUGAGAGACCAAUCGGUACGGACCCGAUUAAAGACCGAAAAAGGAAGGAGCAGCAGCAGCAGCAGAAGCCGAAACCUUAAAAUCAAUUAUAAAUAUACAUAUACUAAGGAGAUGUGUUUAGUUUUUAGGUAAAUCGUUUUAAGCAACAACAAAAGGAAAUUACGAACGCAACAAAAAAAAAAAACUAAAAAAAAAAUAUAAAAAAACAGAAAUGGAGGAAAGAAAAAACAUAACGAGAAAAGAGAACAGACAACAGUCGUUCUCCCAGCAGUUAAAUACGAUGAUAAAUUCGCGACUUGUAUUUAGUGGUAAUUGUGUUGAGAGAUUUGUACACCAUAUGAGAGAACAUUUUAAGGAAAUUUUAAUUCAGUUGUAUUAUAAUUAUAAAUGAAAUUCCUGUAUUUACCUGUGGUUUUAUACCUGGGCUCAGGUAGCAAUUAGCUGUCGUCCCGUAUCCCCAACAUAAUGCUAGAACGAAGUAAAUCAAAUGAAAAACGAAAAACAAAAAUCACAAAAACUAUCUCUAAUAAACGGAAGAAAAAAAAAUAAAACAAAAAAAAAA